GAGGGACUUCCUGGAUGCAGCACCAGGUUAGAGGGAGGAGUAACAGACUGGGGACAUGAAGUGACAGUUCACACUCAUCAGAGACUCACACAGGGCACACAGUCAACAAGAAGAGAGAGCAUACAGAGAGAGUCCUGUGGACACAGACAAGGGGACCAGAGAAAGAGGUGAAAGAGGACAGACCCUGGUGUUGUGGUUGAUUAAUCGAGGCAGUGGAGGCAGGAUGUGGGUCCUCAUCUGGGCAGCUCUACUCUUCUCUCUGACAGAGAGAGCAACAUGUCGAAAACUGGCAGCACCACCAACAGCAUCACUCUGGAACAUCACCUUCAGUCCAGCAGAAAUAACAGCAGAGAAGGGACUAUGUGCUGUUAUUUCAUGUACUUUCACUCACCCUGAUAACAUCAAUCCUACCACUGCAAUAUGGUUCAAGGAUGAAAACAUAAUUUUACACUCCAAAAAACCCUCCAAAGCUCAGGAGGGUUUUAAACAGAGAGUGUCUCUACUGGAGCCUGAUCUGACAAAGAAGAACUGUAGUGUGAUCAUCAACGACAUCAGAGAGAAUGAUGCUGGAGAGUAUCAAUUCAGACUGCCAAAGACAUAUACAUACUUGAAGAAAGUGAAAAUCACAGUGAGCGCUCUGACCCAGAAGCCCUCAGUGUUGAUUCCUCCUCUGACAGAGGGAGAACCAGCUACACUGACCUGCACCGCCCCGGGGAUCUGCUCUGGAACUCCUCCUCACAUCACAUGGACAUGGAGAGGAACAGGAGACAACAUCACUGAGCUCAGAGACAACACCACCAUACAGAUGAGAGAGGACCUGACCAUCGAUACAACAACCCACUUCUCAACUUUGACCUUUACACCCUCAGCUGAACACCACAACAUGAUGGUUACGUGUCAAGUAACCUUCCAGAAAAAAUAUCAAAUUGAAGAGACAGUAACUUUGAAUGUAACAUCUCUGAUCCAGAAGCCCUCAGUGUUGAUUCCUCCUCUGACAGAGGGAGAACCAGCUACUCUGACCUGCACCGCCCCGGGGAUCUGCUCUGGAACUCCUCCUCACAUCACAUGGACAUGGAGAGGAACAGGAGACAACAUCACUGAGCUCAGAGACAACACCACCAUACAGAUGAGAGAGGACCUGACCAUCGAUACAACAACCCACUUCUCAACUUUGACCUUCACCCCCUCAGCUAAGCAUCACGGCACCAACGUCACAUGUCUGGUGACCUUCAAUGGCAGCAUCACCACUAAGAAGACACUGACAAUGAAUGUGGCACAUGUGAAGAAACCCACGAUCUCUGGUUGUAACACAGUGAGAGAGGGUGAUACCCUGAAUCUGACCUGCAGUGUUGACAGCUACCCACCAUCAUCAUCUAACAUCACCUGGAGUAAGAAGGGGACAACAGCUUUGGAACAGAAUAACUCUGGACUGGCCACUGUCAUCAUCUCUAACAUGACAAGAGAACAUGCUGGGGAGUAUGUGUGUACAGCUCAACACCACAAGAGAUCUCUGACAGCUUCCACUGUUGUCACUGUGAUGUUGAACAGCACCAUCAGCCUGCCUGUCAGAAGCCAUACCAACACCACUGUGGAGUGUGUCAGCAGAAAUGAAGCGGGCAGAGUGAGAGAGAAGCUGCAAGUCACCCAAAUAAAAAAACAAGAAAAGCAAGAAGAGGAUGUGUCUAAAGACAUCAUGGCUAUGCUGUCGGACCUAAAAGUGAUUACUGCAUUUGUGGUUGGUGCAGCCCUCUCAGCCACCAUCUGUUGUAUCUUCCUGUGUUUGAAUGGGAAAUGUAAAAGACGCAAAGAAAAGAUCCCAAAGGACUCAGACUCCAAAAGCCCUUUCAUGAACCUGGAGAUGGUGACAUGUGAAGACCAACAGAUUGAUGCAGGACAGGCUGUAGGGGGCAAACAGACCCCACUGCAGUUGGAGCUGAGGGAGGGAGCUGAAAACGGAGGGCCCCAGACCAGUGGAGCCGCAGGAAAAUUUGCCACAGGGGAAGAACUAAAUGAUGUGGACUAUGCCAGAAUCAACUACUCCCUGCUGAAGAAGAAGACUCCUGAGGAGGCAGAGAAGAAGACCACCACCACAGAGACAGACUACGCAGAAAUCAAACGAGAGAAGAAGAAUGAGGAGGAAGAAGAUGGUGGAGAGGGGAGUGGUGGAAUGGAAGAGGUGGAAUGGGAAGAAGGGGAGGAGAUGAUAGGGACGGACGAGGAGAAAGAGAACGAUAAGCCAUUACGAGAGACAGAUGAGGAUACAGCACUUUACUCCAACGUCAAGGCUAUUAUGGGUGAAGAGUGACACAGCAACGUGGGAGACAGCGCACAGUACUAUGGCUUCUAAUAUACAGCACUGCGGUAUUUUCUCAUAUUCCAGAUUGGACGUUUUAUGAUGAUAGAGACUUUGUUUAACUGAAACUAGGUAAUAGUUUUGGUAAUUCUUUAUUUUUCAGCCUUGUCUAAUGUAAUGUUAGUUUUGUAAUGAUUCUGUUUUUGUGUCACCAUGGAAGGACUGACAAAGACGUGGUUUGGAGAAGCAGAGAGGUCAAACCAUCUCGUUUUUUUCUCCUCUGUUCAUUCAUGUUUUUGCAUUUUGAUUUAACCCUAACCCUAUAUAUUGAGGCACUACCUUACUUUUGAUGUUUGUGUGUAUUUUAGUUGUUUGCUAUCUGAAAUUUGUUCAAAGAAUUUCUAAAUUAUGUUUUAACUGUCUUGUAGCAUGAUGUACUACAGUACCCAUAAUGCUCUGUAUCAAUAUACGGUUUGAUCUGGGUAAAGACGUUCCUAAAGCUAACACUAUGGUGUCCCGUCUACGUAGUAUUACAUCAGAGGAGGCUGGUGGUAGGAGCUAUAGGAGGACAGGUUCAUUGUAAUGGCUGGAAUGGAAUACUUGAAACUGUAUCAAACAUAUGGCAACCACAUGUAUGACUCUGUUCCAUGAAUUCCAUUCCAGCCAUUAAAACGAGCCUGUCCUCCUAUAGCUCAUCCCACCAGCCUCCUCUGUAAUACAUGGUGUCAGAAGUUGGAUGUCUAUUAUUAUCUCCCCAAAUUGUAUUCGACAGUGAUUACACAGGUGGUAUGACUGCAGAGAACAGUAGAUGUUUUCUAUAGAACUAAUCCAGUUCCUUCACCAUGUAUUCCAUGUUGACAUAAUCAAGAUGUAUAUGUUCCCGAUCAUUGUAAAUAAGAAGUUGUUCUUAACUGACUUGCCUAGUUAAAUAAAGGUUGCAUUUAAAUUUAAUAAAAAUGUAAAAAAUA